UAAUAUUUUGUUUGUUUGUUUGUUUUCAAAUUCUACAGGUGAGGUUGUUUCUAACCGAUCAUGGAGGACCUGACCACGGAGCAGGACACAAAGGCCUGCUCUCCUGCUCUUAAAACCUUCUACCAAAACUACAGAAUGAUGAUGACCCUCGGCAGAGGAAGUUACGGAGAAGUCAAACUUGCCUGCCACAUUCCCACAGUCAACUGUGUUGCCAUUAAAAUCCUUAAAAAGAACGAGGAGACUGCCCCCUUUAUGGCCAAUGAGAUCAAUAUUAUGAAAGACCUACGCCAUCCUAACAUCAUUAGGCUCUUUCACGUGGUAGAAAUGAGAGACAUCACCUACCUGGUAAUGGAGCUUGCUUCAGAGGGAGAGCUGACCGACCACAUCCUCGAAUGGGGCUCUCUACCGGACCAGGAGACCUGAAGGUAGUUUAGCCAGAUACUACAUGCGGUACAGUACUGCCACAGCAACAGCAUUGUCCACAGGGAUAUAAAGGUCAACAACAUCCUGGUCGAUGGCAGGGGAAAUGCCAAGUUGAGCGAUUUCGGCCUGGCAGUUAAACUCCAACCCGGGGAGAAGAUAGUGCAUUUUUGUGGCACCUGGCCCUACUGUGCCCCCGAGGUCUUUGGCACAGAGCCGUACGAUGGCUAUCCCACAGACAUCUGGAGCCUGGGAGUGCUCCUCUUCGUUAUGGUCUCCGGAAAAUUCCCAUUCGAAGAUCCUUAUGAUGCAGAAGCACGACGGAAGAUCCGGGCUGCCGACUUCACCAUUCCCAGUCACGUCUCCCUUGACAUUUCCGAUGUCAUCGCUGAACUGCUGGACACACACCCUGGCAGAAGGCCCACUGUCGACCAAAUCGUGGAGCGCCCGAUGGUCAGGGAUGGCGAGGCAUGUUCACCAGCAAGUUCCAGACAGACUCUGGAAGGCCCAUCCGGCCCAAGCAUUGUCAGGGCCAUGAAGAUCAUGGGGUAUGAACCUGAGGAAAUCAGCCAGUCUCUGAAAUACCAGAAAUACGACCAUGUCAUGGCAACAUACAUGAUUCUGCAGCACCAGGCACCCUGGGGAGACUGGCAUGACCAUCAGGGAAAGAAAGUUCUGGCAGGCAGGUGUUUCUGUCACCCUGGCAGAUCCUCACGUAUUCCCUGUGCCCGAAAGAGAGCUUCUGAGCCUGUUUUACCCACCUUCGACACCCCACCUGCGCCCCAGGAGGAGGAGGAGGAUGAAAAGAUCUCCAAACAGGGUGGCAGAAGGCAUAGCAUGCCUGCCAUCCUGUGCUGUCAACACAAGACGCCCCACCUCCAAUACCUAUCCAGUCAGGAUUCUGAUGUGGACAGUUCCCCUUUCAGCAGCAGCAGUCGAGGAGACAGUGACGACUAUUCCAGGAUGGUGCCCUAUGGCUGCCUGGCUGUAGAUGAGGUGGAGGAUGAGGUGGAGAGGGCCCGACCCCGACACCUCACCAGUCAGGGUUCUGAUGUGGAAGGUUCCCUUCUCACCAGCAGUCUUGACAUCAGUGCCAAUUAUUCCAAGAUGGUGCUCUAUGGCAGCUCUAUGGCUAUACACAGUCAGCCAUCCUCUUCUCUGGGGCCACACCAGGGUGUGACUGACAAUGACACAGAUGAGGGCACAUCCUGCUGCUUGUCCUCAUUGGAAACUAGUAUCUCCUGGGAUGUGUCCCAGCAUGUCACCCCGAGAGUUUCCUCUGCCGACGAUGUCUCAUCAUCAGAAGAUGACAGCACUGCUGGCCAGCCUCAGCGUGCCACCACAUCUUCCCCUCGAAGCCGUCACCUGGGUGGGAAGGGUGUGAAGAAGACAAUGAUGAAUUGUCUCAGAUGCCUCUGUUGCUGCCUGCCGCCCAGAAGGAGACGCUCCACCUCUGCUAACAACCAGGCUCCAAGGGACCAUGGGGUCAGCCACAGAAGCAGGUAG